CUUUCUGUUUACUUUGCAGAGCUAUUUGCUCUUGGGGACAGAAGCUGACAGUGGCACUCACAGCACAGGCUUGUUAUGGGUCUAGCAGCCUCUGUGGCAUCUCCUGUCACAUUGGGAAAAUGAAGAAUUCCAGGACAUGGGCUUGGAGGGCGCCGGUGGAGCUAUUUCUUCUCUGUGCUGCCCUGGGCUGUCUCAGUUUGCCUGGCUCCAGAGGUGAAAGGCCACAUUCCUUUGAGUCAAAUGCAGUCAACAAGAGCUUUGCUAAGAGCAGACAGAUGCGGAGUGUGGAUGUUACCCUGAUGCCCAUUGAUUGUGAGCUGUCUAGUUGGUCCUCUUGGACCACAUGUGACCCCUGUCAGAAGAAAAGGUACAGGUAUGCCUACUUGCUCCAGCCCUCUCAGUUCCAUGGGGAACCGUGCAACUUCUCUGACAAGGAAGUCGAAGACUGUGUUACCAACAGACCAUGCAGAAGUCAAGUGCGAUGUGAAGGCUUUGUGUGUGCACAGACAGGAAGGUGUGUAAACCGCAGACUUCUUUGCAAUGGGGACAAUGACUGCGGAGACCAGUCAGAUGAAGCAAACUGUAGAAGGAUUUAUAAAAAAUGUCAGCAUGAAAUGGACCAAUACUGGGGAAUUGGCAGUCUGGCCAGUGGGAUAAAUUUGUUCACAAACAGUUUUGAGGGUCCAGUUCUUGAUCACAGGUAUUAUGCAGGUGGAUGCUCCCCGCAUUACAUCCUGAACACGAGGUUUAGGAAGCCCUACAAUGUGGAAAGCUACACGCCACAGACCCAAGGCAAAUACGAAUUUAUAUUGAAAGAGUAUGAAUCAUACUCAGAUUUUGAACGCAAUGUCACAGAGAAAAUGGCAAGCAAGUCUGGUUUCAGUUUUGGUUUUAAAAUACCUGGAAUAUUUGAACUUGGCAUCAGUAGUCAAAGUGAUCGAGGCAAACACUAUAUUAGGAGAACCAAACGAUUCUCUCAUACUAAAAGCGUAUUUCUGCAUGCACGCUCUGACCUUGAAGUAGCACAUUACAAGCUGAAACCCAGAAGCCUCAUGCUCCAUUACGAGUUCCUUCAGAGAGUUAAGCGGCUGCCCCUGGAGUACAGCUACGGGGAAUACAGAGAUCUCUUCCGUGAUUUUGGGACCCACUACAUCACAGAGGCUGUGCUUGGGGGCAUUUAUGAAUACACCCUCGUUAUGAACAAAGAGGCCAUGGAGAGAGGAGAUUAUACUCUUAACAACGUCCACGCCUGUGCCAAAAAUGAUUUUAAAAUUGGUGGUGCCAUUGAAGAGGUCUACGUCAGUCUGGGUGUGUCCGUAGGCAAAUGCAGAGGUAUUCUGAAUGAAAUAAAAGACAGAAACAAGAGGGACACCAUGGUGGAGGACUUGGUGGUCCUGGUACGAGGAGGGGCAAGUGAGCACAUCACCACCCUGGCAUACCAGGAGCUGCCGACGGCGGACCUGAUGCAGGAGUGGGGAGACGCUGUGCAGUACAACCCAGCCAUCAUCAAAGUUAAGGUGGAGCCUCUGUAUGAACUAGUGACAGCCACAGAUUUUGCCUAUUCCAGCACAGUGAAGCAGAACAUGAAGCAGGCACUGGAGGAGUUCCAGAGGGAAGUUAGUUCCUGCCACUGUGCUCCCUGCCAAGGAAAUGGAGUCCCUGUCCUGAAAGGAUCACGCUGUGACUGCAUCUGUCCUGUUGGAUCCCAAGGCCUAGCCUGUGAGGUCUCCUAUCGGAAGAAUAUCCCCAUUGAUGGGAAGUGGAAUUGCUGGUCAAAUUGGUCUUCAUGCUCUGGAAGACGUAAGACAAGACAAAGGCAGUGUAACAAUCCACCUCCUCAAAAUGGGGGUAGCCCCUGUUCAGGCCCUGCUUCAGAAACACUUGACUGCUCCUAGCAGAUGAUACAGCAGUGGGCUACAUACAGUGAGAGCCCUGAGCCCUCAAGAACUCAGGCCAGCUCAGCCCUACACCAGUUGCCACCUGGAGUUCAUGCAAGGGCAAAAGGCAGUGCCAUGCAAGCUGUUUAAAAUAAAGAUGUUAGCUUGUAAAAUGCAAGUUGAUUUAAAUAAAUACUGAGUUAAAGGCUUAA